UUUUAUUUUGUUUUUAUUUUUAAUUCCCCCCCCUCCCCCCCAUCGCGGCGGCGGCGGCGGCCCGCCUUCCCCUCCCCGAUCCCUUCCCUCCCUUCCCCUGUCGCCGCUGCCCCGCCAUGGCGACAUGAACCCGCCGGCCGCCGCCGCCGCCGCCGCCGCAGCCGCCCCGGCGAUGGGGCCCGCAGGGUGCUGAAGCGCCGCGGAGGAGCCCCGCCGCCGUCGCCCCGUCAUGGGGUGCUGAUGGCCGGGCCCCGCCGGGCACCCCGCCGCCGCGCAGGGGAGGUAGCUGUAUCCAGCUGGGUGGCAGGUGGAUCCAAGGGUCACCAUGAAGUUUGCAGGACCCCUGGAGAGCCAGAGGUUGUCUCUCCUUCUGGAGACGGCAAUCUCUAGGGAAGCUCAGAUGUGGAAAGCACAUGUGCCGAAAAUUCAGCCCAAUCAGGAUGUAGCCAUUUCUCCAAAGCAGAGGGAUGAGGUCAUCCAGUGGCUGGCCAAGCUCAAAUACCAGUUCCACCUUUAUCCAGAAACGCUGGCCCUGGCCAUCAGCCUUUUGGACAGGUUUUUAGCAGCAGUGAAGGCUCGUCCAAAGUACUUGAACUGUAUUGCAAUCAGCUGCUUCUUCCUCGCUGCAAAGACCAUCGAGGAAGAUGAGAGGAUUCCAGUACUGAAGGUGUUGGCUCGGGACAGCUUUUGUGGUUGUUCUCCAGCUGAAAUCCGCAGAAUGGAGAAGAUUAUCCUGGAUAAACUGAACUGGGAUCUUCACAUGGCAACGCCAUUGGAUUUCCUUCAUAUUUUCCACGCGGUCGCAGUGUCCAACAGGCCUCAGCUGCUGACCAUCCUGCCCAAGCUGAGCCCCUCCCAGCACGUGGCGGCGCUCACCAAGCAGCUGCUGCACUGCAUGGCCUGUUACCAGCUGCUGCAGUUCAAGGGCUCCAUGCUGGCGCUGGCCAUCGUCAGCCUGGAGCUGGAGAAGCUGCUGCCCGACUGGCUGGCUCUCAUCAUCGAGCUGCUCCAGAAGGCACAGAUGGAUAGCUCGCAGCUGAUCCACUGCCGGGAGCUGGUGGCACAUCACCUUUCCACUCUGCACUCUUCUCUGCUGCCCAAUCCUGUAUAUGUCUACAGUCCCCUCCAGCACACCCUGGUGACCUGUAACAGAGGAGCGUUCAAACGCCAGCCCUCCUCUGUCCCAGGGCCGGGUUUCUCCCAGGACAACGGCAGGCCAGAAGCGCCAGGCGCAGGUACAGCCGCGCUCUACCCGCGUCUGCCGGCUCCCGGCGGCUGCAAGCAAGCCUCUGCCAAGCGGAAGGUGGAGGAGAUGGAAGUGGACGACUUCUAUGAUGGCAUCAAGCGUCUGUACAACGAGGAGGCGGCUCCAGAGGCAGUGGCUCUCGACAGCGUGGCCUCUGUCUGCGGCGCCGACGUCUCGAGGCAGGAGGGCAGCGUGUCCCCGUGCCCACCCCUCCAGCCUGUGUCUGUCAUGUAGCUGCGGGCAAGCGGCGCCUGCUCCA